AUGCGUGCUCUUUUCAGUUUGGCCCGGCCCACAGGAGUUUCGUCGAGAUAUCUUCAACGAGCGUACUCGUCGCAGGUUCCGUCUUUGGUCAAGAUCCACGACAUUCCAGCUCCGAGUUCUGGACGCAUCCGUAUUUUGUCCCUCUCGCGACCAGAAGCACGAAAUGCCAUCUCACGACAACUGCUUCAAGAGCUGAGGAAUGCCGUCCAUGACAUCGACUCCGAGUAUGAGCGCGUAAACCCUGCUGCGAAAACUGGCCUUGGGGCCUCCGUUGAGGUUCCCCAACAGCAGAGAUUCGGAGGUGCUGCUGGCGUCGACGCAAAAGCUCCUACGCGUGCGGUGAUCCUGGCCAGUGAGGUCGAUUCCUGUUUCUGUGCUGGAGCGGAUUUGAAAGAGCGGAAAGGGAUGAGUGAGUCUGAAACACAGGAUUUCCUCUCGAACCUGCGACAAACCUUCGCGAAGCUCGCAGAUCUACCAAUACCCACGAUUAGUGCGAUAUCAUCUCUUGCCCUGGGUGGGGGUCUUGAGCUUGGGUUGUGCACACACUUUCGUGUGCUUGCGUCAACCGCCCAAGUCGCACUUCCCGAGACGCGGCUUGGUAUAAUACCUGGAGCGGGCGGUACAUACCGGCUACCAGCUCUCAUUGGGGUAUCCCGCGCGCGAGAUCUUAUCCUCACUGGCCGGCGAGUAAGUGCUGCGGAGGCCUAUUUUCUCGGUAUUGCAGACCGUCUAGUGGAAGUGGUACCGGAAGAUGGGGAAGCACAAGAACAACUGAUGAAAAGAGCGGGCGACGAGGUGCUUCGAGAAGCGAUAAAACUCGCUGGGGAAAUUUGUGCGGGUGCUCCAACAGCGGUCAGAAGUGCGUUGUUUGCCGUAAGCGGAAAGAUGACUUCCCCUGGGAACCCAGCAGCUGCAGAGAAUGCAAUGUAUGAUGGCGUUGUGAAGACGGAAGAUAGGAACGAGGCUUUGAAAGCAUUUGCGGAGAAGCGGAAGCCGAUAUUCACAGGGCGCUGA